GUAGCCCGGGUGAUAACUGUAUACAUUUCCCCCAGAUUUUCCGGUCUCGGACCAGAAAAAAAUUGAACGAGGAACGCGGAAAAAAAAACGGUUUAACCUUUAAGCGGUUGCCUGGCAUUACUCCACACUUACAUUAAACACACACACACGUGCAACUCUGGCAACCGCGUUGUCAACUGCUUUAUCGAUAAGUUUGUUGUUUCGUUUGUUUUGGACGCCAAGGAACCGGCUCAGUUGCAGGGAAAAAUCAAAGAGGAGUGGUCCUGACCCUAGAAAGUCUCGAAAUAAAGCAUACAUAAGAAGAAACAGCGAGAAGAAACGCCGCCAAAAUGCCGCCAAAGGGUAAAAAGGGCAAGAAGGGCAAAAAGAUGCCAGUUCUUAUCGAUGGCGUGGACACCUCGGCCAUGACCCGUGACCAGCUGGAGGCCUUUGCCCUUCGGCUGAAGGCGGAAAUGGAUCGGGAGAGGGAGGAGCGCAAUUACUUUCAGUUGGAGCGGGACAAGAUCCGAACCUUUUGGGAGAUCACGCGUCAGCAGUUGGAUGAAACCCGCUUUGAGCUGCAGCAAAAGGACAAAGAGAUUGAGGCCACACAGGACCUGGCGGACAUUGAUACCAAACAUGUGAUGCAGCAGAUGAAGCACUUGCAGUUCGAGAAUCACAACAAAUUGGGUGAACUGCGGGCGGAGGCGAUGACACAACUGAAGCUGGCCCAGGAGCAUCAUUCCAUCCAGGAAGCGGAGCUGCAGCGGGAUAAGCGCCAGUUGCGGCGAAUGCUCCGCGAGCGGAGUGAGGUGGCCGAGAUGCAGAUGCGUCAAAUGGAAGCCCAUUUCAAUGAGAAGCUACUGGAGCAGCGCAUCACCUUUGAGCGUGAGCGGAAAGACAACGAGAUGCUGCACGAGGAGAAGAUGAUCGAACAGAAGGCCAAGCUGGAUCUAUUCUAUGGCACCCAGAUGUUCGAAGUGGAGGAGCGCAAGAACCAGCAGAUCAAGGACCUGCAGGAUCAUCACGAUCUGGCCUUUAACGACAUGAAGAACUAUUACAAUGACAUCACCAUCAAUAAUCUGGCACUGAUUGGCAGCAUGAAGGAGCAGCUGGAGCAUCUAAGGAAGCAGGCGGAGCGAUCCGAUAGAAUUGCUGCAGACACAGCGGCGGAGAACCGGCGCCUCAAGGAGCCUCUGGAGUCGGCCAACAUUCAGUUGAAUGAGCUGCGCAGGAAGCUCGGCUUCUAUGAACGAGAUAAGCAGCAGUUGAGUCGCCUCAAGAUACGCAAUACGCGGCUGGAGAAGAAGGUCAAGGGUCUCACCUGGGAGGCGGAAACACUUAUCCUGCGCAACGAUUCCCUGGUCACCGAACGGGAGGGACUCAAGGAACGCUUCAACGAUGUCAUUGUGGAGCUGCAGCAAAAGACUGGCCUAAAGAAUGUCCUUUUGGAGAGAAAGAUCGCCGCCCUGGUGAGGGAGGACGAGAAGCGCAGCAUAGUCCUGCACGAGACCAUAGCCACCUGUGCUCCGAACUUUGCCGACAAACUGACGUGCCUGGAUGAGCGCGUGGGCAAUAUUGUUGAUGAAAAGAAUAAGGUUAUUUUGGAUUUGCGAUACGAGGUGGCGAAGGCUCGCAAGGCCCAUGAUGACCUGCUGGAGACUUACGAAUGCAAGCUUAAACAAUACGGAAUUCCUGUCGAUGAGCUUGGCUUUAAGCCUCUGAAGGAGCGGGAACGUCAACAGCUUUAUGUGUGCGGGCCAGCGGGAAUAGUCACAGAGAAUAAGUAGGAAAGUAGCAUGGAAACGGAAACGGAAGUGGAAGCACAACGGAAACGGAAAUGAAGAUUCACUUUACACAAUGUCAGAACCAAAGAAAGGCCUCAUCUAAAUCAAAAA